CAUGAAGAGUGAAGCUUUUUGAAAUUGGCGGGUGGCGGAUGCCCAAACUUCCAAUGUUAGGCCUUGGAGUCACAUGGACCCACCUCUUUGCCGACCUAUAAAUGUGUCGAUGCUCUGUUGAUGAUCCUUUCUUGCUUUCUUUAAUCCAACUGUGUGUUGACAUUUAUGUUUUGUUUCCAUCGCAUGAAGCUUAUUAAAGUCCAUAACUUUGGUUAGUCUCGCACCAUUAUCCUCUCUUCAAUCUUAAAUUAACACCUCAAAGUUUUUUAAGUAUUAUAUAGAAUUUCCAUGGUCAAUUCCUCAAAAUCCUCGCUAAAAACCAACGAGACUGUGCUCCGAUACCUAGUCCUCCGUCUAUCUUGGGCUUGGCACUCUCGCAGCUUUACUAGCUGGUUGAAUCUUCGUCUUCCCUCGUACCUUUUCUUUUUCUUCGUACUUGGAUUAGAAUUUUGUCUUCUACUUUAUAUUCAUUCUGUAUCCAUCUAUAGACUAUAAAUUUACAGAUGAGGCGACGGACAAAGCAGCUACAUCUACAUCAGAGGACUUGGGCUGAACUAUGUUGUUUGGGUUGGUCCUGCCUACAGCUCUUAUGGGCUAGAGUAGUCGUGCGCAAAUGGCUUAACAUAGAGAGCAAUGAAUCCGAUUAUAGCGCCGACCCUGAUGAUGAUGAUGAUGAUGAUGAUGAGGAUGACCCUGAUAAUGAUUCCGGCAACGAAGAAUUGGGAAGACAAUCCCGGUUUUGGGGAAACAGAAGCCAUGAAGCACCCCUUGAAUCUAAUGAAUAUCUUCCAACUUUAAGGAGGCAAAAGUCAUCAACUUACAGGGCUCAAUAUAUAAACAGAAAGGAGCUUAGAGUAUGUGUUGGGACAUGGAAUGUUGGAGGAAGACUUCCACCAGAAGACUUAAAUAUUGAUGAUUGGCUGGGUAUUGAUGAUCCAGCUGACAUUUAUGUUCUGGGCCUUCAGGAGGUUGUACCCUUGAAUGCUGGUAACAUUUUUGGUGCUGAAGAUACUCGAGCUGUCCCAGUAUGGGAAGAUAUCAUUCGAGAAACACUGGGAAGAGUUCGACCAGCAGCACCAAAGAUAAAAUCCUUUAGUGAUCCUCCGUCUCCAUCAAAAUUUAAGCCAUCAGAUGACAUCCCAGAUAUAGAAGAAGAGAUAUUGCUUGAAAGUGAUAGUGACAUUGGUGAGGAGUUUCAUCCUUUGUGUGAGGAACACAAAGCUUCUGAUGGACGUACAGAUGGAUCAGUCACCAAUAAAAUUUCAAAUAAAAACGUGCAUAAUUCAGAUGCCACUAAUUUUGCCUACUCAGGACCAGCUGACUUGGAUUUGCAGAGACAACUUCCUUCUCCAAGGAUCUUCAAUAAAUUAAAUUGUUUGAACACUGAUGAUUCAUCAGAACGUGCGGACACAUCAUCUGCACUGCAGACCACUAAACUAACCAGAAUGCUUAGUGGAUCUGAAAGGAUUGGUUUGAUGUGGCCAGAGCCACCACUUGAUCUUCUAUCCCAGCGAGUUUUAGAGAGACCGAGUUCAUUCAAAUCAAUCAAAUCCUUCAAAGCAUCAAAAUCUUUCAAAACAUAUAGUUCUUUCAAGUCAACUAUGAAUGAAGUACCAUUGGGAAUAGCUUUGCUUACAGAAGUUGACCUUGAAGCUUUGAUGAAGCGGAAAAGAAGAUCAUCAUAUGUAAGAAUAGUUAGUAAGCAGAUGGUUGGGCUUUUCGUUACUAUAUGGGUUCGUAGGAGCUUGCGGAAACACAUUCAGAAUGUGAAGGUGUCAACUGUUGGUGUUGGUGCCAUGGGAUAUAUUGGCAAUAAGGGCUCCAUAUCUGUUAGCAUGUCCAUAUAUCAGACACUUUUUUGUUUUAUAUGCACCCACCUUACAUCAGGGGAAAAGGAAGCAGACGAACUCAAGAGAAAUGCUGAUGUGCGUGAAAUACACCGAAGAACCCAAUUUCAUUCACGUUCUGAAAUUGCUCUGCCUAAAAGUAUCGAUGAUCAUGAAAGAAUAAUUUGGUUUGGAGAUCUGAAUUACCGAAUCAAUUUAUCAUACGAGAAAACAAGAGAUCUUAUCCUGAAAAAGGAGUGGUCAACAUUGGUUGAGAAGGACCAGCUUGUGCAAGAACUCAAGAAUGGUGCAUUUGUUGGAUGGUUGGAAGGCUCAUUAAACUUCGCCCCUACUUAUAAGUAUGAGAUUGACUCGGAGAAGUACCAGGGAGAAGAUCCCAAGGCAGGGAAGCGUAGGCCAGCAUGGUGUGAUCGUAUUCUUUCACGUGGCAAGGGACUGAGAUUAUUGAGUUAUAGAAGGACUGAGCUCAAACAUUCAGAUCAUCGCCCUGUUUCUGCUACCUAUAUGGCUGAGGUGGAGGUGUUCUCCUCUAGGAAGCUGCAACGAGCACUAACGUUCACAGAUGCAGAGAUUGAAAAUGAAGAAGUCCUGACAAAUUUUUGAACACCCCCACCCUCCCCCCCCCCCCCCUUUCCUUCUUCCAACCCAUCCCCCUUUCUUCCUUAUUUCAUUUCCCUUGCAUCCAUAUUUGUUGUCAUGCUAAUAAUUCCAAUGCUUCCGGGAUAUGCAAGUCCAGCAUACUGAACCGCCAAGAGGGUUUCCUUGACCACAGAAUAAUGGGUUUAGUUAUGUGUUCUAAAGGAGGUUAAGUAAUUACAGAAUUUGACAGCGCACCAGCGGUAGCUACUCAAACUUCAUUAGGUGAAAUUUCUGGAAUAAGAUAGUUGAUUUAUUCAUUUGAUUUUAGUAGAUUGACACAGAAUUGUAUAGAAAAAUCAGUGCUUGGAGUGAUUUGUGAGAGAUUUUUACCAAUUGGUUUUAGAAAUCUAGUGUUCUAAUUACUUUAUAGGCUGUAUUCUUUAUUUGUCUGUAUUGUUAGGGUGUUUAUGCAUUGUGAGAAACACCUUUUAUGAGAGGAACUUCCCUUGAUUUGUAUAGAAAUUAAGAACUGGCACAUCCAUGGGGGCUCUGCUUGUCCAAGAAUCCCUGUAUUUUUUUUGGGGCACAAUGAUGUAUCCCUUUUUCUUUUUUUAAAGGAAGUAUGUAUUCUAUUCUCAUUUACGGGUUCA